AUGUCAUCCAAGGUCUUAGUGUUGCUGGCGUUUGCAUUCCUGAACGUUUAUGGGGUUACCGCAAAAGCAACAGUCGUCGAGUUGGAAGAACAACUGGUAGAUUUAUUACAUGAAUUCAGAGACGAGGAGAAAAGAUCGGACCUGGGAAAUGAAGCAGAUGCUGACAAUACAAAUAUUCAAAGUGAAAGAAUGCUUCCCGGAAGCCCAUUAAAUCUUCUGACAGCUGGACAGGACACAAUUAACAAUGUCGUCGAUGCGGCCUUUGAUUAUUCUCGUGAAACCCUUGAACGUGAUCACAAACUCAAACAAUACUAUUUUAAAAGAGGUGGGAACAUUGCGUCCUUUGCUACCGCCACUACGAGUUCUGCCGACUAUGAGUACACUCUCCUGAGUGAGCACGGAUAUGUAAUGGACAACAGGGAUAAUAUAAUACUGGAAGUACGAGCAUGCAUGGAUGCCUUAAUCGCCCUAAAAGUAGACACCGAUUCAGACGGAGACUUGUACGAAAUCCAUAUUGGUCACAAUAAGGGUACCGAGUCAUCUAUACGUAAAGGAAAAGAUACCAACACAAAGGAAAGGAAAAACCAUCCCUCCGAUGUACUAGACUGCAACAAGUACAAUAGAUUUAUGAUAAGCUGGGCAGACCAUCAUAUUCAGGUAUUGCAUGAGGCUUCCGGCUGGAAAAGUUUGAUUGAAUGGACUGACGAUUCCAGUAGCCAGCUGGAUAUAACUGAAAUAGGGUUUACUACACCAAAUGGCGUCGAAGGACACUGGAAAACGGUACUUAGAGGAUCAUCAACAUCUAUAACAACAACAGCUAACGAAAGCGACGAUAAUCAUUCCUUUGAACUCCUACAGAAUGCCACCUUCAACUAUCCUCAAGUGCAAGAACCACAUAUAUUUUUUGAAGUACAAACAUGCUCUAAUGCACGUCUGGGUUUGAAGGAAGACAGUGAAAAGGAUGGAAAACUUUGGGAGAUAGCAAUUGAUGCUGAACGAAAUGGAAAUACAGAAAUUCAAAUCCGAAGAAAUUUGGGUGGAGGCCGGAAAGCACAUGAACGUGUAAGCCUACUUGAUUGUCAAUCCUUCCAGAGUUUUUUCGUGAGCUGGCGAAAUGACUUCCUACAGGUGUUCCAUCUGGCCCAGGACGGCAGUUGGACAUCAGUCAUUGAUUGGUUCGACGAUAAAGGAAGGGACGUCACACUUGUUGGGGUAUAUGGUGAUGCCACAUGGACGUUUUAUGAUGAUUAUGAGACAGGUAUAGACAUUCCAGCUGGGAACACAUCCUCUGAAACCAUGUCAGCACUGAAUGAUAUGAUUUCAAAUCCUACGGAAUUGGAGAUCGAAGAAAAUAGGGCCAUUACUGCCUUGUAUGCGACCAAGUAUCUACUAGAAAACACGACCGCAACAUCUAUUGAACAAUUGAAGCUGGUGCCCGGAUUGGUGGAAGCUUUCAAAAAACAAAUGGAAAAUGGUGAUCGGAAUGCCUGUAAGGAGGAGAAAAUUAAUUGCAACGAAUUUGUAUCCUCGCCGUAUAGAACCAUUGACGGAACGUGCAACAACAUUGCACAUCCACGAUGGGGGUCUACUGGUACAUUCCAAGGUCGUUUACUUCCUGCAAGUUAUGCAGAUAAAGUAAAUACACCGAACGGUAACGGAGUUGGUGGCGAAGAACUCCCUAGUGCAAGAGCCAUAUCUAUCGGUGUGCUUAGGGACGAAAAUGACCUUCAGACACCUGAUGAUCCAGACAGAACCGUUAUGUUGACCGUCAUGGGCCAGUUUUUUGACCACGAUUUCAGCGAGACACCACAGUCAAAAGGCAUUGAUGAGUCAACGAUAGGGUGUUGCACGAUCACGGACGAACUUCUUCGCGAGGAAAGGAUGCAGUGUAAUACUAUUGAUAUUGACCCAACUACGGACCCAGACUUCAAGGAAGAUACGUGUAUGGCAUUUAGGAGAUCAUUACCGAGAAGAGGAGAGCACCUAUGUGAGCCAGGCAUCCGGGAACAGGUUAACGAUAUAACUUCCUAUAUUGACGGUUCCAUGGUGUAUGGGUCGACGGAGGCAGUGGCAAACAGUCUUCGCACAUUUCAAAAUGGUACACUGCUUGUGGCGACCGGGGAUCUGCUUCCUCGAAAUAACGAUUCGACAUGCGUUCUGGACGACGUUAACUCAAGUCAUUGCUUUUUAGCAGGUGACAUCAGAGUGAAUGAAAACCCUAAUCUGAGUGUUAUGCAUACAGCAUUUGUUCGUUACCAUAAUCUACUUUGUGAGAAGCUUUCCCAAGGGGGAGUCACUGGUGAUCAAAAAAUAUACAACAUUGCAAGGAAAAUUGUUGGGGCAAUAUUACAGAACAUCCUUUACGGACACUGGCUACCAAACGUUAUCGGUCAGGAAUUGAUGGACAAAUAUGGACUUACAGUUGGUACACCGUUUGUUUAUGAUGCGACAGUUGACGCAGGUAUCGUCAACGGUUUUGCUGCUGCAGCAUUCAGAUAUGGUCACACACUGGUCCGGGACACUAUUGAUGAAAUUGAUGAAAGUUUCGAGUAUAAAUAUUCAACAGAUCUGAAAGACACCUUUUUCAACCCAGCUACUGUUUACUCGAGUUUGCAGAGAAUCGCCCGCACGUUCUCCCUUUACAAUUGUAAGGGCGUGGACCCGCAUUUUGUACCGGCUUUGAAAAAUAGUCUGUUUGGAACGCUGGAUCUAAGCGCCUUGAAUAUAAAUAGAGUACGAGAUCAUGGAUUGCCUAGUUAUACUGCCUACCGCAAAUGGGCUGGUCUGUCAGUCCCAACUGACUUCAGUGACCUGACCGACCACACACCAGUAUUAAGACAAAAGCUAAAGAACAUGUUUCAGAAUGUGAACGACAUUGGGCUUUUUACUGGUGGCAUUUCGGAGACUUCCAUGGAGGGCGCGCACAUCGGACCUUUGUUUGGUGAAAUAUUAGCGUUCCAAUUUCAGCUUCUCAAGCUUGGAGACCGAUACUUCUAUGAAAGAUCAUUGCCAGAAGGUUUUAGCCAAGCUCAACUGGAAAGCAUCAAGCAGGUUGGAUUGAGCAAUAUCUUCUGUGAGGUGUUCGAAUUGAACUUAAUCCAAGAAAAUGUUUUCAUUUUGCCAAGUGUGAAAGACCUUGAGCUGUGCGAAACAUUUCCGGGGAUUGACAUCAGCCCAUUCCUGUAA